AUGUCUCACGGAGGAGACAGUUAUGUUAAGCGGGGGAUCUCUUGGAGACAUCGAGAAAUUAUGGACCUCCUUCACUUUUGGGGAGAGGAAAAAAUACAGGAGGCACUUCGGAAUACACACAGAAACCUUGACUACUUCGAACGCAUCUCCGAGCAGAUGGCAACAAGGGGACAUAGAAGAUCGGCUCUGGAGUGCAGGUCUAAGACCAAGACCAUGCGUCUCGAAUACAAAAAGGUUGUUGCGCAUAACAACAGGUCUGGAAAUGCACCCAUCACUUGCCCCUACUACCGUGAGCUUGAGAGUAUUCUACGUGGUGAUGCAAGUGUUAACCCGAAACGCAUCGCAAGAAGCAUGGUGCUGCAGGUGGUGGGUCAAGUGCAGCCGGAAACAUUGGUGCUCCAGAGGGGAUCAGAAGAGCUUUUCUCCCACGACCUACAUACCUGUAAUCCCGCGGAAAUAAGAAUGUCAACACCUUAUCAUACAGAAGACUGUGAUGGCCUGAUUGAGGCAGAAGGGCAUGCUCUGGAACCAGACCUGGAUGCCACACCGGAUGGCCUCCUUGAUGAUGGUUUCAUUGACCGGGGAUUCACCAUGCAGGAAGAUUUUUUGGACAAGGAAAACAACCCCCCAUCACCACGUUCUACUGCUGAAGGUUCCAUGGAAAUGACAACGCCAGAUUUAUCGCCAGGAACACGCCUGGACAACAUCAGAUGUCGGAAAAGGCCUGUGUCUGCUAUUACCAGUGCAGCAGAGAAGUUACUUAGUCUAGCAUCCGCAGAACACCAGGAGGAGUUGGCCCUUCGAAGGCAGGAGCAAGAGGAGACCAAAAAGUGGCGUGAGGAGGAGGGCCGCAGACACCAGGAAUUUCUUCAGGAGACCAGGCUCGAGCGAAGAAUGUUCCAAGAUGCAUGGUCACAAAACCUGGAGGUGAUGCGUGCGACUGUGCAAACUCUUAAAUCCUUUGGUGAGGCUUUCCUGAUGCAGCAAACACCCAAACUCCCAGAACUGACCAAUGGUCAUGUGGAAGACAUCACCACAGAUAACACUAGGAAGGGUGCACCCAAAAGAUCGUGUGUGGGGAAGGCCAGGGAGCGACUCACCCUAUAGUCACAUGUCUAGAACAUAUCUGAGCUUUUUUGGUUUUGGCCACUGCUCAAGGUAUGCGCUUGCACACAACAUCCAUCUGUUUGUCUGUGAAAAUUCAAAAUGUUACCAUACUUGAAAUUAAUCAGUUCGUUGGAGUUGUUGAAAUGCUGUUUUAUUUAACCAUUAACAAGCAGAAACUAUUAACAAUCAAACUUUCAACAAAUAACCCAAGAUAAACCAUAACAGCAGACAAAACAAUGGGUUCGGUCAGGUCAGGGGUCCUGCCCACUUGACGCUGGCUGAUCAGGCAACCCUUCGCUUUGUCGCCCCCUCCUCUCCAAAGCCAGGAGUCGACGCCCUUGCCUCGCCACUCGACUCUCCAGAGUCCUAAACUGGCUUUGCUGCUUGCGAGCUGAAAAGAUAAAACAAAACUGUGGCAGGAAAUGUCUUCCUUUUGCGGUACAUGUUUUUUCAAACAACACCUAACGUAUAAACCUACCGUAGGAUGUCAUCCUUGCUUCCAGAGAGCGUAUAGCUGCGUGGAUGCUCUCGAGGGAGGUUUGUUGGGAGGAUGCCUGGGGUGGUUGCUGUGCGCUGGUGGAUGGAUUCUCAUCAUCACUGGCACGUUCCUCCAUGGCUGCAUCUAAGAAAAGGAAAAACAAAUCUUAGGGAGAUGUCCUAGCAAAUGUCAAUUGUG